AUGGUGAUCAAAGAAGCCAAAGCCUUCACACCAAGCCGAUGGCGCGAUCCCAAGAACUGGCGGGACCGAUUGCCACAAGAAAUACGUAUCCAUCAGCUUCUUGAAGAACGCCGUGCCGUGGACCCAGCCAUGUGCCGCCAUAUUAUCCGUUGCCGCGCACACCGACUAUGGAUGGAACAUAGAAGAUACAGAUUGUAUCUAGAUUACCAUUCGGGUGGCGACAUGAACGCGGCAAUGACAUUUCAUGCUAAGAACUGGGAGGACGGAAAACCCAUCGACGAGGACAUAUUCGCACCAGAGGGUUUCGUCUGGUAUACCAUCAAAGCGCUCGCGACUGCUUGUCUGGUACUGCGCGAAGGGACCAUCGAUGGCACUACGGUUAAUGGCUGGAGACCCAUAACCCAUUUGGAUUUGCAGUUACCAAACGUACUUUUGGAUGUUCACACUCCACCAACUCAGGAAGCUAAGGGAAAGUCAAAGGCGGGCUCCUCCAAGAGUGCUAGGCUCAACCGCGCCGACGCUGACAAUUGGAGAGCUAAAGAACCUCCUGUGAUGCCUAUACUUGCAGACUUUGCCCUUAGACGUAAGCGCAACAUCCCUCCAAACAAUGCCACGAGUGUACUCGCAGAGCAGAGCAUCGCACAAUGUACAGCUGGGAAGUACGGGCGAGAAGUCAAAGAGUUGGUGCGGAGGUGCUUGAACUUCGAUCACAAUUUCAGACCGACUCUGAAAGAAAUCCUUGCUGAGGUAGAUCAAUACUUCUCGGAGGACGAAGUCUUGACAGAACAAAUCAGGGAUCAAGACGGGCUGCAACUCAUUCUGCCAGAUACUCCCGAGUUCGCCAUUGGACAGCCAGUCGAUGCAGCUAAAAGAAGGGGACGUGAAUGA